AUGGACUGGUUCCUGAGGGCUCUGCAGCCUGAAGAGCAAAAGGCUGUUGGGCUGAGAGGGGCGAGGACCCCCCGAGAGAUGAUUGAAGCCCUGGAGCAAGCGGUGGCGACGCUAGAUAUUGGCAGGGGUGAACGGCAAGAACCACCCCGACCUCCACUGGUACGGUGCCCCGACCCGACCAACCCCGGGGAGGGGAGACAAAGGACCAGCCGCCCUGCCUAUGGGAUGCCCCAAGACGAGUCCAUGCCGACCGAGCCGGAUCCCGCCGCCUCGCGACCCUUGGUGAAGCCCUGGCUAGCCGGCUGCGCCCUCCACACGAUGACCCCGCCAAGCAUGCCCACCAUCAAUGUAAAGGUCAACGGCCACCCCGUUUCAGCUGUGCUAGACACCGGGAGGCUCCCUCCAAGUAACCUUUUUGCAUGGAGACAUCCGGGAGGUCCCCGCGGCCCAGAUGAAAGUCAGCUACCAGGACACCGAGUGCCCCUUGCUGGUCAGCCUUAUCGCCGAGCUCCCCGUGCCGCUGCUACUGGGCUGAGACUGGCCGGGAUUCUCCACAGCCAGGGUGUCACGAGCUACACGGAGAAAAAAAGGCCAGGACACCGCGGGCGAGGAUCCGGCGGGCCUGUCUGGCCCAGGGAGAAGGCGACACCGGAGCGACCUCUGCAGGUAACCCACCUGAGGACGUCUGUCUACCACCCACAGACCGACGGCCUGGUAGAGCGAUUCAACCAGCCGCUGAAGAAGAUGAUCCGGUGGGUGGUAGACAAGGAGGGCAGGAACUGGGACCUCCUGCUAACCUACGAACUCUUCGCCGUCCGGGAGACCUCCCGAGCAUCCACCGGCUUCACGCCAUUUGAGCUACUCUUCGGACGGCGACCUCAAGGACUGUUGGAUGUGGCCCGGGAGGCGUGGGAAGGACAGCCCUCCCCGUUCUUCUCUCUCGUUGAUUACGUACAAGAGAUGCAGGAGCGCAUAGAGCGUGUCAUGCCUAUCGUGAAAGAGCACUUAGAGGCGGCACAGUGUGAGCAAAAGAAGGCCCAUGACCGGCCCGCGCAGCCCCGGGAAUUCAGACCCGGAGACAAGGUCCUGCUCCUCAUACCUGAUGCCUCAUGCAAGUUCCUGGCCUGGUGGCAGGGCCCAUACAUAGUCCUCGAGAGGGUGGGUCCCAUCAAUUACCACCUGCAACAACCAGGUAAGCGUGCAGACACUCAGGUAUACCAUCUUAACCUGCUCAAAAAGUGGACUGAUCCUGCCCCUGUUGUGUCUGCAUUCGCUCAGCUUCACACAGAUCUGUCCGAGCGUGCCUUGGUCCGCUCAGGUGAGGAGCUCACGACAGCCCAGUCACAGGAGCUCACAGAGGUCAAAACCCCUCCGGGAGUCAUGAUCCGACAGCUGCCCUACCGCGUCCCAGAAGCCCGCUGUAAGGCAAUCGAGGAGGAAGUAAGCCAGAUGCUCCAAGACAGCAUAAUCAAGGAGUCCACUAGCCCCUGGUCCAGGCCUAUCGUGGUGGUACCCAAACCCAACGGGAGCAUCCAGCUAUGUAAUGACUUCCGGAAGCUGAGCCAGGUCUCAGAAUUUGAUGGGUAUCCCCUCCCGAGGGUGGAGGACUUGGUGGAGCAACUGGGGAGAGCCUAGUUCAUCUCCACGCUGGAUCUGACCGAAGGAUACUGGCAGGUGACCCUAAGCCUAGAGGCUAAGCCGAAAACCGCCUUCACCACCUCCGGAGGCCACUGGCAGUACCGGGUUCUCCCCUUUGGGCUGCAUGGAGCACCUGCAACCUUCCAACGUCUGAUGGACAUAGUCCUGCGACCCCACCAUCACUACGCAGCUGCAUACCUGGAUGCUCCUGCUCUCUCACAUUGGCUAAUGUUAAUGUUCAUGAGUCAAUCAUCUGAAAGCACUGAACAAGCGUGAAGCAAGCAGUUCAUAUGAUGAAACCCACCAACAUCCCAGAGCUGAAGCUGUUCUGUACUGAGGAACGGGUUAAAAUUCCUCCAAGCCGAUGUGCAGGACGGUUACCGGAAAUGUUUACAGUUAUUGCUGCACAAAGGGGUCACACCAGAUACUGAAAGCAAAGGUUCACAUACUUUUACCACUCACAUAUAUGUAAUACUGGAUCAUUUUCCUCAAUAAAUAAAUUACCAAGUAUAAUAUUUUUGUUUGUUUAACUGGGAUCUCGUUGUCUACCUUUAGGGCUUUUGUGAUAAUCUGAUAAUGGUUUAGGUCAUAUUUAUGCAGAAAUAUAGAAAAUUCUAAACUUUCACAAACUUUCAAGCACCACUGUAAUUAGUUCGAACAAAAACUUGAAUAAAACAGUCAGGGGGUGUGUGGAGUCAGGGGGUGUGGUUAAGCACCGUCUUGUGAAUGGAGGGCGGAGCGAGAGAAGGUGAGUGACACGAAUUACACACACCUGUGGCAAAUUUUCCUAAUUAUUGUUCUGUGUUGCAGUGAGACAGAGAGCAUAAGGAGGAGACGAGCACCUCGAGUGAAUAUUUUGAUUUCUAGGCUUUGGGUGGUGAAUCAAGUUGGGGAAAAAAGUCAAUAUUUUACUUUUUAAAUUUGUGUGAGUGUCAAGAAA